AUGUCACCCCAGCUCAACGUUUCUGGCCAUCCCCUCGCCCGUCUCAACCGUGAGUUGACGGAACUACUGGAAGAGCCUUCGCCCGGCGUUACUGUCUUUAUUGACGAUGUUGACGAUGUCGAAAUCAGAAGGUUCUGUUUGGUAUUGACCCCUCAGGCUGGACCCUUGACCGGAUUGAACCUCCAUUUCGAUGUCUAUCUGUAUAGCCAUUGGGAGUUGCUGAUUGGAUACUCGCAGCCAUCGUCAUCUCCUAGACUCCAUUGGUCCCGGGAUUACCUCCGCCACCACGGCUACUCUGGAGUAUACACUGACGCCCUGACGCUUCGAGGUCUCAUCCAGCGAUUGUUAGCUCUGCUCUCCUGCACGAGUACUACUGAGCGGAACUAUGGCGGUCGCCCGGUUUGGUUAGGCGACCACAUUGUCACCACCUAUGUCGAGGACAAGUACAUUUCGUUGUCGAAUCCCUGGGAGCUUUGCUGUCACGCAAAGAAUCGGGAAAGAUGCAAUUGUCGUCUCGCUUCUGGCGGCACCCAGGCAACGCUGAAGGCCCGAUACGAAGCAAAUCCGGGAGAGGAAACGGUGGUCAGAACUAUCAGGAUCUCCAAAGGAGACAUUGUCACCCACAAAGCAAAGAAGGGCAUCCCGAGGUCCGAGCAGGUCCAUAAAUUGGAGAUGCUCAAUCGUCGGUACAUUUCGACUUUGAAGAACAUCUCGACAUGGACCUGCAGCAAAUGCCCGUACGGAUCCGAUGCUCUGCCACAUGUUCAACGGAAGACAGCCCAGAAAAGGAAGGUCGAUCCGACUGUGUCGCUGGUGGCCGGUCUUCCGACAUCCCGAUUCAUUCUCGACGAGGUCAACGACGAUGUGCUCUUGGAGAUCGCUGCCAACCUCACCAGGGAGUCCGUCAUCGCCUUUGGACAGGCAUAUCCUCGCUUCCAUGCCUUGGCCAAUGCCCAUUGCAUUCUGCUGAAGAGAGAUAUGCACUGCUCUUUCCUCAAAACGCAGUUAAACGAAUCAAUCCUGGGUAUCAGCGUCACUUUCAACCCUCAGAAGCGCAUUCUGUCUUCAGACUUUGAAUGGGUCAGUAUGGAGGCGUAUGACAAAUACGAGGCCACGAAGAGUGUCCAGAGUUCAGGGAUGCCCCAGACAAGCAAGUUGAAAGAAUUCUUUCUUCCGUUGGCAUUCCGUCCGUCCCACUUCGACCGAGCAAAGGAAGAGACAUUGACGCGUCUACUGCAAAUUGCUAGUACUGUGCGGGAGGCUGAGAACAGGCUCGUUCGCAGGAAUGACCAUGGACCUGCGAGAGGUCGUGGUCGAGGACGGGGAGGACAUGCGACCAACACUAGUCGACCGAGGAUUGUCCCAACGCCAAAGGGGCCUGCAGACGCCGUCAGAGUCGUUUACAAGAUGAUGAACAACAUCGUCACGGAACUGGUGGCCUCCCGUGAUGAAGCCUUUAAGACCGAGUCAACCGACGACAAUUUCGGAAAAUUACAAAUGACUGCAGGAAGGGCCAUCGUCUACUACUGCCAUCUCAUGCACCUCCUAAUCUCCAUGGCAGGCGAUAAGCCUAUCAUCUUGAAUGAUGCUGUCGCCCGCCUGCAACGGUUCCUGGCAUCUCCCGAUAACCGAACCAAAGACUCUGAGCCUGACAUGGGUGAGCUCAUCGCGGUGGUGGCCUUUGUGUUGAUCAUGUCCCCGCCUGGCGAGUCUAAUAGCCCAACCUGGAGCAUGAUGAAUGGUCCCAUCCUUGAAGAGGUGAUCAUUCGCAAUGUUCGCUGGGUCCUCCGAGACUCUCCAGAGCUGGAGAUCUUGGAACAUUCAGGGGCAAGCCCGUAUCGACUGGACGCGACCUUUGCCAGAUCCAAGACCAGCCUCCGACUUAUGAUGUUCCAAGUCACCUUCCUAGACCUGUUCGUCCGCACCUAUCGCGCCAUUGGCAUCCAAGCUCUCGACCAGAACUAUGGAUUUGCGGUCAAGGAACUCCCAGAUCUAAUGGCCGCGGAGAUCAAGGAUAUCUAUGAGGUCAGUAAUUGGCCAGGGUUCUUUAAAAAGGUGCAGUAUGAGAGAGCUCAGCGGGCAGACUUUACGAAGGAAAGGUUUACCGCAAUGCUGAGGGAGGCUGUCAGGAAGAGUGAAGCAAGAGGGUACCACGUACCCACCACGGGUGCUGAUCGUAGAAAGCUGGUUCGUAUUAGAGCCACCAAGGACCCUAACUUUUAA